AUGGGGCCAAGAGGUGGGAGAUCCAUGGAAAGCUCUAAUGGACCACGUGGAGGAAGGUCUGUAAACGAUGCGUCUACAACUAAGAAUUCAAACACUGGACCACGUGGAGGGAGGGCUGUGGAAAGUGACGGACCAAGAGGAGGUCGAGCAGCGGAGGAAUCCCAAAAAAAGAGAUCGACAACAACAGAGAAAACAUCCGACGCCGCGUCAGGGACGGAGAGUGGCCCACGAGGAGGAAGAGACGUUAAAGCCGACGUAGGCCCGAGGGGAGGCCGAGCAGUUGCCGACGCGAAGAAAACCAAUGCUGGUAGCGGACCCCGUGGAGGCCGAGAUGUCCAGUCUGAUACUGGCCCACGAGGAGGUAGAAAUGUGGACGAGAAAGGUCCCAGGGAGGAGAGGGUCAGGUCAGUUUCAGAUUCCUUAAGUAAAGGCCCCAGGGGUGGUAGGUCUGUAGCGUCUGGUCCGAGGGGUGGUCGAGCAAUAAAUUAUGGUCCCAGGGGGGGUAGGGCUAUUGCAUUUGGUCCCAGGGGUGGACGGGCUAUAGAAUAUGGUCCAAGAGGCGGUCGAUCGCUAUUUUUUGGCCCACGCGGUGGUAGGGAAAUUUAUUACGGUCCACGAGGCGGAAGAGCUAUAGAGUACGGUCCACGGGGUGGUAGAACAGUAGAUUAUGGCCCCAGGGGUGGUAGAUCGCUAGAAUAUGGGCCCCGAGGUGGUAGGUCUAUGGAAAUAUACGGUCCUCGUGGUGGAAGGGCUAUAGAGUACGGUCCUCGGGGUGGUAGAACAAUAUAUUAUGGCCCAAGAGGAGGUAGAUCACUUGAAUAUGGACCCCGAGGUGGUAGGUCUAUGGAAGAAUAUGGUCCUCGUGGUGGAAGAGCUAUAGUGUACGGUCCUCGGGGAGGUAGAGCUGUAGAAUACGGUCCCAGGGGAGGUAGAUCUACUGAAUAUGGCCCAAGAGGAGGCCGAGAUAUCGAUUUUGGUCCGCGUGGUGGAAGGUCUCUCUCACAGGGCCCAAGGGGUGGUCGCUCAGUUUUGUUUGAUACUUUUAAUGGUCGAAGAGGAGGCAGGUCUCUGGACAGAAACGGCCCACGCGGGGGUAGAGCAGUGGAAUAUGGCAUGUAUAACGGUCCCCGUGGGGGGAGGGAUAUUGAUUACAUAUAUGGUCCCCGUGGAGGUAGAGGGCUAGCGUAUGUAAACGUGUAUGGUCCGAGAGGAGGAAGAGCCCUAGGGGAAGAAGAAUUUGGUCCAAGGGGAGGUCGCGACCUUGACUAUAAAGGAGAGGAAUAUUAUUAUUACGGUCCUCGGGGAGGGAGAGCUAUUUACUAUGAAGCAGGGCCCCGCGGAGGAAGAGAGGUGGAAUAUGGGCCAAGGGGAGGGAGGGACCUUUUCAGUGGGCCACGUGGUGGAAGAGACAUCUAUGGACCUCGUGGGGGACGCAGUACUACCAACACUGACAGUAUCAAUGGACCUCGUGGUGGGCGCGAAGUAGAAAAUGGACCGCGAGGAGGUAGGAGCACAAUAACUGAAGCAGGUCCUCGCGGCGGACGUUCCAUUUUAUCUGAAAGUGCUAUGGGGACGCACAGUGCGGCGACCAGUGACGGACCUCGUGGAGGAAGGAGUCUUAAAAGUGGCAGCACUGAGGAAACAGGACCUCGUGGCGGACGAAGCGCCUCCGAAAGCAGUAAAGCAGAUAAGCGAGAGGCGACCAGCACGUCAGAGAAGGAGACAAGUGAGAAAAAGAGACAAGAAAGAGACGCUGAUAUUGAUAUGGCCAAGGUCGAUAAACUGUUGUCAAAAUCAAGCUAAGAGGAAGUGAACCAGGAGUAAAUGUCAUCUAUUUUAUGAGGUAAUCCAUUUAUAUUCUUGUCAGUCGUGUAUAAGACUCUUUUCUCCAAACCAACAUUUCAGGUUCUGAUCUAAAGUUCAUAAGACUUAAAAAAAACGUUUUACAACUAAAUUAUGGAGCGACAUCCGUAAAAGACUGCUCAGUGGCUCACAAAUUACGGUUCCUUUUUUAACGAAUAAUGAAAAAAAUAUGGGAAGUGAAAUGUGAAAAACCCAACACCAGAAAAUCAUGGGAAAGUUAAUAGAAAAAAGUCAGAUGAAAACUGAGAUGAAUAGGAAAGUUACGGAAAAAUUUUUAGCCUUUCUCAAGUUAUAGAAAAUUCUAGAUGGUAUGUGCCCCUGUACAGUCCCUGUGACGUGAGAGUUACCUUAUGACUGAAAACGACUGUUAUCACUAUCAACCAUCUUAAUCGAUGCAAAUUUAGCAAGCUUUAUUUGGCUCUUUAUGUCGUUUUGUGACAAUUUCUUUUCAAAACAUUGUUGCCACUGAAAAACAUGUCAUGAACCAACAUCUCUCCACAAUGCUACCCCGGAUGAAUGUUACAAAAAGUGAUUAAAAAAUUUUCCCCUCAAUUCAAAACAGCACAUCGUUGAUAAAUUAACCUGCACUCCCUAUUGACGUAACUACAUUUACUAUGUUAUCACAGGUUAGCGGUCAUUAAAUUUGAUGAAGGAUUUAAAAUACGAAGCAUAUGAUCAUGAAUGGACAACAGAUUGGUCCCGGCAUCUCAAUAACUCUCACUAUCCAAGACGCGAAUAACGAAGACUUCUUUUCCGUUUGAAAACGAGUCCGCCAACAGCGCUGUGUAACUCAGUAACUUGCUUUAACUUUCAAAUAAGUUGCGUUUCUUAAGAUGUAAAAAUAUAAAUCGGAUUCAAGUUUAAAAUAGUUUGAGAUCGUCUCAAAAUGUUAUAUGCCGUGAAGCGAGAGGAAAUGAAUAAAGAUAUAUCAUAACCACGCAAAUGCCGUUUGUUUGACGUUAUAAGGUAUACUGUGCAAGGGCAAAACUAACAAUAGCCUGCGAGCAAGCUCUCCUAUUUGGGCAAACGAAGUGAGCCUCGCAAGAACGCGCGAGCGAGGGGCCUUUCCUCUGCCCCUCGCGGCUUCGCCGCUCGCUCGCGCGUUCUCGAGAGACUCGCUUCACUCGCCCAAAUAGGAGAGCUUGCUCGCAGGCUAAAGUAACAAUAAUACAGUAGAACCCAGGUAACUCGAACUCUAAAGGGAAACGAAAAAAAGUUCGAGUUAGCGGGUGUCCGAGUUAUCGGGGUCGAUUAAAAAAUUCAAUUUGCCAUGUUGAAAAUUGAUAAUUACUGAUUUCUCAGGACUUCAGUGUAUGGUGUAGUGCAAAUGCACUUAUUUCAUCAGAAACCGAAACAUGAUUAGGCAUUAAAACAUCUGUUCGUUUAAAAUAAAAUCAAAUUUUAAUGUUAGUUUUCAAAGAACUUUUAAAUGAUCUGAUUGAUUUUUUUCUAAAAUCAAUUUAUAGUUUAAAUUUUUAAAAAAAACAAUGGAUUUGAUGUUCUCGGACAUCAUUAUCAAUUAAAAAAAACAUGGCACUGAUAAACAUGGUCUAUAAAUACAAGAAAAAAUAAUAGAUCAUAAAAAGAAAAGUAACAAACAAAAAUAUUUUACACGUUGUAAAAACGUCUUUUAAAGAACGUCGAGACGUUGACAUGUUUUUAACGUUUUUUUAAAAAUUUUUUAAAAUUUCUUUAAAUGACUUUAAGUAACAUCUUAUCGCCGUUUUGCAUGGUCAAUCGAAUGUUGGAAGUAAUCUAGUGAUUGCAUUUUGGUUCUGCCUGGCUGCGCAAAAUUUUUGUGAUUGGCUGAUAGAUCUCGCCCAAUUUGCUCAUCCACCAAUCAGGACAAAAAGAGAGAAAGAAAAAAGAAGUUACCCGCAGCGUCUGAUUUUUAUUUUAGUUUUAUUCUCUCCACACAAGAAAAAAAUUAGAAUUCAUUAAUAGCCUCGUUUUGAAAGUGAGAGUUUUUCAACUCAGGAAAUGGCCUGAUUGGACACCUUUGUGACGCUCAUUUUCCCUCACUUGGUCAACCUUGUUCCCAGGAGAAGAUACCAUGGGAACGAGGUCGAUGAUUGACAAACGAAUUCUUUGGCAAAAAUCAGUUUGGUAAUGUAAUUAGUGCAAUUAGCCUACUACUGUUGUUAAUUGUAUUGUACUGUUUGUGAAGUUAUUAACAAAGUUAGUUUUUAAAAAAAUCAGUUUGAUAGUAAAGAACUAACCAAGAUCAGGCCCAAUUUUAGCAGCUUCCGUCAGCUUGCUUCCAUACAUUCUCUCUUACGUGGUCGCGCUAAAAUUCUCUUUUCGUCAGUCGCCUUUCCCGCCAGGAUUUCAUUUAUGAAGCGAAACUAAAAUAGAGCCUGAUCUCAGGUUAGACUUGUGCACAUGUCUAUGCUUUACAGGAAAUGGUUAGAAAAGGUCCAUUCGACGGGUUUCGUUGUCAAUGACCACAGUUGACAAGUGCCUCGUUUUAAUAAUAUUCAGUUUUUUGUGCACUUUUUGACCUGUCAUCUGCUAUUGAAUUAUUUACCAGGAAACUUUGGUCAGAAUUUGAGCCUGUACGGCGAUACAUUGUUCGGGGAUAAUUAAGCAUAUUCUUCAGUAAAAGUGAUAAUUGUCUCAAAAAAAAAAAACUCUCUUUAGCCCUUGGUGUUCUAAGAUGACUUUUUCCGAUUAGUCACAAACCACACAACAUUGGUUUGUAUAAGAAAAAAACCUUGUUCUCAAGGUGAUUGCAGGGAUAUGAAAGAAAUCACUGCCGUUUCGUUGAAAUUACAGAGGCGAUAAAUCGUAACGAGUAUCCGCGUAUUCAAAAAGGGUAAAAACUGCAAUGAUCUCCCACAGGGCGGAUCCGCCCUGAUCCCUAAUGUCCAUUUCUCUCGGUACGAGUCACACGUGCCAUUCAGACAACUUUUUUAUAUAAAUUUGCAUAGUGACUAUUGAGGCACUGUUGCAAACGAGUGAACCUGUUCAAUGUUGGUAAUGUUUGUUUUAUGUCAAAGAUACCGAAAGUUAGCUUUAGAGAUUCAUUUUUGACGAUACACGAUAAAAAUGGAAAGCAGGCUGAACAUGCUUCAGAAAAACAAGCGUCUCUUUUUGUGUAAACUCUGAACGUGGCGACCUAUUAAAUUAAGAAUUGAGGUACAAUGAAUUCAGAACGCCAUUUAACGAAACUCAGCAUUAUAUUUCGGUUCAACUAUAGACUAAAAUUUCUUUAUAAAUUGCAUAAAAUAGUAUUAAUCAAUUGUUUCACACACAACAUGAAAGAAAGCAGCCUCAUCUCUACAUGGAAAUGACGAUAAACCACAACUUCUAAAUUUUAGCACGGUCCAUCAGUUUUCUGAUCAUUUCCAGUUUUUUUGUCUGCAAUUUUUAUUCUUAAAACUUACCAUUUUGUUUAACUAGUAGUUACUUUUAUGAUCAGCAUGGAAAAUGAAUUCAGAUUUUAGCAGAAAUAAAGGAAAUAAUGUGUAAAAUACUCACGUUCUUGCGUCUUUGCAAAGUUCUUCCCGAAGUUCAGGCUGGAACUUGAUGAGAAUCAAUGGCGGGAAAGUUUUCGUCAACGAGAGGCUCUGGGGAAGAGAUUUGUUUGGCAUUCACGUGAUACUUCCGGUUUAUUUCAUCCAACAUGGCGGUGGAUCUCCAUUUCAUUCGGGUUUAGUGCAAAAAUGUUGUUUUACCGUUCAUAAAAGACAAUGCCUAUCAGCAUUCUGUACAGCAACUGCCGUGGAACAUGGCCUCACAGUGUCUGCGCUUUUGCGAAUGUCUGUGGCUACAUCAGCACCACUAUUUGGUUUAUUGUUUUGGCUCCACAAAUAUGGAAGAACUGGAAGCGACAAUCCGUGGAAGGACUCAGUAUUUUAUGGGCCACUGCUAACUUCACAGCCUCUAUAGUAAACUGUUUCUUCGUCUUUUCUAUCACAUUGCCUUUGUAUCUUAAAAUAUCAGCUGUGUACAUGCCUGUAUUAGAGUUUCUUAUUCUAGUUCAGUUUUGGUUUUACUCGAAGCAUCAUAUCCAGUUUAGGCUAUGUUAUGGGUUAGGUUGCUUUGUCAUUUGGAUUGCGCUCAUAACUUUGGAACUUUCCGUCGAUGGAGCGGAAGAAAAUGUUCAGUGGAUCGCAAUUGUGCUAUGGUCUAUUGAGAGUUUUCCACAGGUAAAUGAUGAUUAAUAUAUUGUCAUAAUUUACUAUUAUCAUAACUAUAACAAAAUGGUCAAAUCUGAUUGGCUAUCAACUGCCCUGAUUUGAGCCUUAAUUGGACAGUUUAAUAGGACAGUACACGUCAUGACUAAGUAAUUGGACAGUACGCGCCAUCAAGUGCGCGCUUAAAUGGCUCUUUUUUUUCACUGCUAGCAAAACAAAAUUUCGAAUUUCUUGUGUUUUGAUGUAAAAAAAAAGGCUAUUUUAUCACAAAUUUUGUUAAAGUUAUGAUUAAUUGGUAAUGGAACUUUGUGUCAUCCAAUUCAGUUUGUAAUCAUACUCGUGAUUAAACAAAUUGGACUCCCACGGAUUUUGUUAAUCACUCGUAUGAUUACAGACUGAAUUGGACUCCACUCAGUCCUGUUACCAUUACUAAUAUACCGACUACUGUACAUGUAACCAGGCCCUCCCAGACAAAGUUGAGCAAUCAGAUUACACAAAAACAACAAUGCAUUCCAAGAGAGUUGGUUGUCGUUCCUAACUACAACAAAAUGAAAUAAACAACAUGGAUCAAAGUCAACCAAUUACAACCUUCCAAUGUGACCUUUUGAACACAGUGAAAAAAGGGCUUUUGUUACUUGUAGGGGACUGUCGCUAGGAAAAAACUUACUGAAUGCACGAGCAAAAUGACAAGUUUAUGCGACAAUGUGACGAAUUUAUACGCCAAAUGUAAAAUGUAGAACGAGAAAAAAACAUGAAUUUCUUUUAGUUAUUUUCUGCUUUAUUCUCGCCUGAAUCUACUGUAAGUUGCCUACAUCUGUGGACAUUUAAUUUUUUGGCAACGAUCGGAAGUCUUCAGAAACUCAUUGGAAAUCUUCGGAAGUUGCUGGGACAUUUCUGCAAUUACCGGUCAUGACAAGGUGGAAAUCUCGUGCAUUUGACUCAAAAAAAGUUGGCAGGUAUAAGAAAGCUAUGUUUCCUGAGAGGUCUGUCAAAGUGAUUGACAGUGGCAAAGAACGUAAAUGUCAGUUAGUUUUUUUACUUGAGGUUGCAAAGUGUGGCAAGGUUAGCAAUGAAGUUGCUGGUAGAUGACAAAAUAACAACUUGUCUCUUCUUUAUUUGUAAGUUUCAGACAGAAAAACAUUGUCUAAUGAAAAUUUUGCUUUCUUAGAAACAUUUGCUAAUGAAUAUUUAAUGUUUUUGCUUGAGUAACUCAUUGUUUUCUUACAAGCUGCUGAGUAGCCCGCAACCAACUUACUUGGCAUGUAUUGUUAUUUUCUUGUAAUCUGAUUGGUCAAAUUUGUCUAGGUGGCCCCAGUUACAGUAGUUGCACUGUAACAGGCUGGUUCAGAUCGACUUGAUGUGUAUUCACUUGUAUGGUGGCCCAAUGCAAUGCAAUGCUUUUCUUCAUCUGUAGAAGGCAGGUGUGUAAAGUACUCAUGUAUCGGUCAAAAGAAGCAGGCAUAAAGCAUUUAUAAAGCACCAAUAAUGGGGUUUCCAGGGUGUGAUAAAUGCAAAUUUUGCUUCCUGAGGCCCAUUUCUUGAAAGUUGUGGUAACUUUUUGGACCCUAAAUCAAAUAUUCAAAUCAAAAUCUAAACAAUAAAAGCGCAGGUCCAAGGCAACAAAUCAGUCCAUUUUAUUUAGCAUGUUAUCUACAAAUCUACUGAAACCUUGACCUUGAAUGUAAAGAACAAAAGCUUUCCAGGCCCAGUAAUUCUCGGGACUACAUUGAGACAGAGGUCUGAAAAGUGCUUCACAUAAGAUUUGUGGAGCCUAAUUUGAAACUUGAAAAAAUUUGUUGCUGCCACUGAAUAGAAGCACUGAAGACUCAUUUAUUCAGGGUUACUUUUGACCUAAAGUAAAAUAUUCACAAAUACCAGCAAGAUGGUCCCUGAAUUUGCGUUUAAAACAAUCGACACAGUUGUACACAGGUCUUCUUCUGACUGGGAUUUGUGAAUGUAUUUACCUUGGGUCGAGGCUAACCCUGCAUAAAUGAGUCUUAAGUGCUUCUAUUAAGUUGCUGCAAUGAUUUUGAAACUGGACUUUUCUCUCAUCUAAGUCUUUAUCAAAAGGUAUGGAGAUAAGUCAUAAGGCUGGGAUGGUGUAUAAAUCUUUGAAUUACCUUGCACCUGAUUACCUGUCAUCAAAAUUUAUUCUACACAGUGAUAUAUUUAAUUCCUACAAACUUAGAGAUUCUGAAAAUAAGCUUGCUGUUCCCUUGCCAUGAACCAAUAAUACUAUAGAAAUAGCUUCUGCUACAGUGGGGGCUGUUCUGUGGAACAAUUAAAUAAUUUUGCUGUCUGAUGUAAGACAAGCAAAAUCUUUGACUAGCUUUCGGAAAAUGUUAACUUCUAGCUCGAGCAAGCUGGCAUUCAUGGAAAACAGGCCUUAAUUUAAUAAAUAAAUUAAUUUUAUUUCAACAUUCAUUAUUGUAAGUUCUAUAUUACUAUUAAUUCAAUAGUUUGUAAUAUUUUGGAAUUUCAAAGUAUAAUGUACUUAACCAUAUUUGUAUAUCAGCCUGAUCUUUUACCGUGUAUAAAAAAUGAAAGUGAUGAUGAUGAUAAUGAUGAAUUUGAACGUGGGCUUACCCCAGUUUCCUUAAGUUUUUUUUCUUACUUGGCAGUCUAGUCCACACCCCCUCGGUACGGAAGAAGAGACAAUUAUCCUGGGAGUCAUUACUUUUAUCCCAGAGUCAUUUUCUUGUUUUCCACCAGUCAUAUUGUCAAUCAGCAAAUGAACUGUCUGCUCACUACUUUUACUUUCUUGUGAUUCCUUUUAAGCUUCAUGUACCGACAUAAAAGAGAGCUUCAGAUCAUUCCUGUCUCAUCUUACAACUGCAUUUUUGUUAAUUACUCAGGUCAUUUUGAACAUGCGUCUCCGUACAACAAGUGGACAAGCCACGCCCUCUGUUGUCCUAGGACUUAUGGGUAAAACAACAGAUUUUCUGUCCAACUAUAUUCUGCUGUUACCAUCACAAUAUGUGGUCAUGACAUACUUCUCAAGUACACUGGCUUAUAUCAAUGGAGUUCAGGCAAGUUAAUUAUUGUACAAUGUCUUCACCCCUUUACUACAGGGGACAAAAACUAAUAACAUUUUCAUGUUGUAAAUUCCUGAAAAACAAAUAGUACUAUGUGAAAGUACUCCCAAAGAGGUGUCAUUUGAAUUGUCACAAUGCAGGAUUUCAACCCCACACUCUGGGAGUAAAAUGGUUAUUUGACCCUGUCUGUACUAGUAGUACACUUCUGUUUGAACUCGCAGUCAUUUUUGUUCCUUUUGGCCUUGUAUUCACACUAUAAAGGAAAAAAAAAAAGGUUUUCGAAAAUGCCGUUGAAAAUUUUAGUAUGGACAGGCCACUCUAGCCAAGCAUGACCUGGCAGCUAGGCAGUAAAUUGAAAAACACAGUUGAGACUAACCUUGGAAAACAAAUGUCUCACAAGAUGGCUGAUAGGAUGAUAACAACAAAGUAUCAAAAAGUGUCAUAAAUAUUUUGAAGAAACAGACACUUUGGAUAUACAGUAAAAACCCACGAGUAAGAACCUACAUUUUCCAGGGUUAGCCUAAACAGGUUCUUACAUAAAUGGUGGUUAACAUAAAUUUAGGCUAUCUAGGUUCUUAAUAGGUUCUUAAUUUCUGCAAAAAAUUAUGUUGUUGCUAAGAAGAUUUUAGUGAUCAGCACCCUUAAAUUUGCAUACCUUAUGAUUGCUUAUAUUUUAAUAUGACCAUAAUAGAGAUCUAUUCUCACAUGAAUUUUGAUUUCUUAAGUCAAAACAACUUUAUAUAUGUUGUGGUUCAAUUUUAUCCUUGGUUUAAAUAUUAUUUUUUUUGUUUCAAACUCAUUAUCAUAUAUUACCAUACCCAAAAACAAAAGAAAAUAAAAUUUAAACCAAGGAUAAAAUUGAACCACAACAUAUACAUGAUUGUACUGUAAAACACAAUAUUAUAAACAUUUUCUCAAUGACCUCAAUCAAACAACAUUUAUAUAAGAACCUUUCUCCAAGUUUUAGGCUAAAGAUGUUCUUAUAUAGAGGGGGUCUAAAUUGCAAAUUUUAGCCUAGGAGGAGGAGGAGCUUUUCAAAAAUGUAUUUGAGUGAACAUGGCUUUAGAGAGCUAUACUGUUGCCAUGGUGUUGGCAUGACUUUUUUGUGAAUAUCGCACAGUUCAGUGUUUGUGUGAUUUAUGCCAUUUGCUUUAUUAUUAAAGGUGGGAAUCUCUGCGAGCCACCUUAACUAGAACCGUGCUCUUUUCUUACUUCUUUUAGCAAUAGUUUAACUGUAUCCCUUAUACUCGACUAUCCUUUAUUUCAACAGGUUAUCUGGUAUCCUAAACCACAACCAAGGAGGGCUGCAAUGACGUCACGACCAACAUACGGAAGUCUGCGCUCUUUGAAUGAAGAUGCCCUGGAAGCUAAUGACUGUGAUCAAUUCCCGCUCAUCGGCGGUGAUACCCAAGACUCUAUAGAAGUUGAUAGAGCCUCUGAAGAGGAAUUGGCCUCAGUGUGCACAGUUUUCAGACCGAAUUUUAAUUUUCGCGUCAGAAUACAUGAGAUUCCAACGUAUCAGCUCUUUUUGGCGGGUAAUCUUCUUCUCGCGCUCUUGGUUUUCAGCGUGUGUAUCUGCGUGAACACGAAGUCUGCUUGGGGCAUUUUCGCGCCAAUCGUGGUUGUUGUUGUGCUGUUUGGUGCACUUUUGUAUCGGAACUAUCGUGAGGGACGCUUUCACUUCGCUGAUUCGCUACUGGCUUGGCUCGAAAGCUGCUGCGCAGAUCAACCCGUGCAAUCCACGUGGGUACCACGUGAACAGCCAGAUGGUAGAUGAAGAAUGAAGCAAAAGAAGCCGCAUAUUUACAAAGUUAACACGUGAUGUAGCGUGUGACUAAUGGGCGUGGUACCUUCGGACAAUAAGCGUUCUCUUUGUGAAAUGUUUUAAUUUUUAUAGCGGUCAUUUCAGUGAAUCUAAAUCCGGAUUCUAAAUUUGAUAAGUAAAUUUUCCGUUUCCUUUCAGACAAAACUUAACCUGGAUCGUGAUCUUAAUGUUAUACGUCCGUAGGUGACUCUUUCAUGUUGGUACAGUUGGGUACCUCUGUGUGUGCCGCACAAAGAAUGAGAAUAUUUCUGAUCAAUUCAGAUUUUAGAGUAGCAAUGUGAACUCAGAUUUAAGAGCAGCAUUAUAAACUGCUAAUGGCCAAUUUGUUUUGCUUGGUUAAGAUCCCAGCAGCUGGAGGAACUUGUGGCCGACUGUUCAGCGGCCGACGACGACGACUACGACGGCGACGGCGAUGAUGGUGAUGACGAUGCCGAUGACGAUAAUUGUCCUAACUGUGAAAUUUGGAAACCAAGAGCAGCUGGAAUAUUCAGGAAUGUGUAUGGUGUUAUAAGAAUCACACUGAGCAAAGAUCAGGACACGAGAGCGCGCUACAAAACCACAAACAAAUUACCGUUGCUUCGUGCGGUUUAACUUUCUCACAACUGAAUGGCUUUUUCCUUGCA